AUGGGGGAUCUACCGGUGGAGCGUCUACGCCACGGAACACACCCGUUCACAUGCACCGGAGUGGACUACUUCGGACCGAUGACUAUCACCGUCGCCAGGCGCAACGAGAACGAUGCUCUCUUCACAUGUUUAACAACGAGAGUAAUCCAUCUGGACUCAAUGAUCAUGGCAUUGAGACGCUUUGCUGCACGACGAGGCACGCCGCGGGUUGCUUUGGAGGCCACGCUGCGAGAACGACGUCCGAGAGAAGUGCUGCACACAUUGCUACUCGAGGCCGAACACAUCGUCAACUCGAGACCUCUCACCAACUUAACGGACAACGCGGAGGAAGAAGCUCUAACACCUAACCAUUUCUUGAUAGGGCAUUCCUGUGGUGCAGUGCGGAUCGGGGCGUUCACAGAUGAAGAAUUGGUCGGCCGGGACACCUGGAAAACAACGCAGCUGUUAGCCGAUCACUUCUGGAAGAGAUGGUUGCAAGAAUAUCUCCCGACAUUGCUACCGAGACGAAUCGACGGCCACACGGAUCGAGCACACAACUUGAGAGAAGGAGACAUAGUCGACAUUGUGGACCCGACACUACCCCGCUGUAAAUGGCCACGGGGAAGAGUGAAGACUACGCAUCCAGGAGUCGACGGGCGAGUACGAGUUGUGGACGUGUCUACCAAAGCCGGCGUGCUUCGACGACCGGCAUCGCGCAUCGUGUUACUGGUGCCUACGGAGCCGCCUAGACGAGAGAUUGGUGCGACGGCACGAGGGGGAGAAUUGUAG